CCCUCUUCAAUUGCAUCUCAAUGAGAUACCAGAACACCCUUUGAAAAUGGUGGGAUACAGUCUAUGGAAAGAAGAAACUGAAUGCCUCGAGUGGCUAAACACGAAGACACCAAACUCAGUUGUCUAUGUGAAUUUCGGCAGUAUAGCAGUCAUGACACCAGAACAGCUUGUGGAGUUUGGGUGGGGACUUGCAAAUAGCAAGCUUCCGUUCUUUUGGGUAAUUAGACCAGAUCUUGUUAUUGGAGAAUCCGCUAUUUUGCCACCUGAGUUCGUGGCUGAAACUAAGGAAAGAAGUCUAAUAGCUGGGUGGUGCCCACAAGAGCAAGUCCUUAACCACCCAUCAGUUGGAGGAUUUUUAACGCACAGCGGUUGGAAUUCAACAGUUGAGAGCCUUACUGCAGGAGUUCCUAUGCUCUGUUGGCCAUUCUUCGCAGACCAGCAAAUGGACUGUCGCUAUACUUGCAAUGAAUGGGGCAUUGGCAUGGAGAUUAGUAAUGAUGUGAAGAGGGAUGAGGUAGAGAAGCUUAUCAAAGAGUUAAUGAAGGGAGAGAAGGGUAAGAAGAUGAAAAAUAAGGUCAUGGAGUGGAAGAAACUUGCAGAAGAAGCUACCGGUCCUCAUGGUUCUUCAUCCACAAACUUAGAGAAUUUAGUGAACCAAGUGUUAUUAAGAAAAACCUGA